GAUUGUUUCGUUACUAUGGCGGUGGAUUUCUUUCUCUCCAACGUCGCUGAAUAUCCUCGCGUGGUGUCCAUCUCGAUAUUUACAGCGGUGCUCUGCUUCUGCAUUGUGAUUGGCCACGUACUAGUCAAUUCUCGAUGGACUAACGAGUUCGCCGCUACCAUUUUCAUCGGAUGCCUUUCUGGGAUUGUGAUUCUCUUGCUGAGCAGGGGUAAAAGUUCUCACAUUCUCAGGUUUGAUGAGGAACUGUUUUUUAUAUAUCUUCUGCCACCAAUAAUAUUUAAUGCAGGAUUUCAGGUUAAGAAGAAGCAGUUCUUUCAUAACUUCGUCACGAUAAUGUUGUUCGGCGCCAUUGGUGUUUUCAUCUCAUUUUUCAUAAUCUCGGCAGGAACUUGGUGGCUAUUUCCAAAAAUUGGUUUUGAAGGACUUACUACUUGGCAAUAUUUAGCACUUGGUGCCAUAUUCUCUUCAACAGAUACUGUUUGUACACUGCAGGUUUUACGUCAAGAGGAGACCCCACACCUCUACAGCUUAGUGUUUGGGGAAGGUGUUGUGAAUGGUGCUACAUCUAUAGUUCUUUUUAAUGCGAUUCAGAAGAUCAAUGCUUCUAAAAUUGGUGGUGGGACAGCUUUUAUCCUUCUUUGGGACUUCUUAUGCUUAUUUUCGACAAGCACUAUGCUGGGGGUUGCUGUAGGGCUUUCGACUGCCUACACUCUAAAGACCUUCUAUUUUGGCAGGCAUUCAACUGACCGUGAAGUAGCUUUAAUGAUGUUGAUGGCUUAUCUGUCUUAUGUGGUUGCUGAGCUAUUAAAUUUAAGCGGGAUACCCACAGUUUUCUUCUGCGGGAUUGUAAUGUCACAUUACGCAUGGCAUAAUGCCACUGAGAGCUCAAGGGUCACUACAAGGCAUAUUUUUUCAACCAUAUCUUUUAUUGCAGAAACAUUCAUAUUUCUUUAUGUUGGAAUGGAUGUAUUUGAUAUUGAGAAAUGGAAAAUGACGAAAAUAGGUGUCAAGGCAACUUUUGGCGUCAAUUUUAUCCUCUUUAUUUUGGUGUUGCUUGGACGUGCUGCAUUUGUAUUUCCUCUCUCUAUUCUAUCCAAUAAAAUCAGUUCUGGUCCUGAGAGGUUGAUAAUUACAUUUAAGCACCAGUUCAUAAUUUGGUGGGCUGGUCUCAUGAGAGGAGCUGUUUCGAUCGCUUUAGCAUUUAACCUGUUCACCGUUUCUGGAGUUACUUGGGACCCUGUUCAUGCAACAAUGAUCACAAGCACCAUUGUAAUUGUGCUUUUCACCACUUUGGCAAUCGGUAUCUUCACAAAGCCACUUGUAAAUAAGCUAAUACACCAAGCUCAACGCAACAAUCAGCCACAAACUAGCAUUAGCAAAGAAGAUCCAACCACGCCUCUACUUUCCAUAGAAGAAUCAACAGAGUCGAAUCUUCUCAAAGCGACAAGAAGCUUAUCGAUUCUUUUGGAAAGUCCGAUUCACACAAUUCAUUUCUAUUGGAGAAAGUUCGAUAAUGCUUACAUGAGACCAGUCUUCGGUGGACCAACAUCUUCUGGUGGAGAUCGGUGAAUACGCAGUUUAAACUAUAAUAUUUUAUCUGAAAAAUAGUAAUAUUAGUGACAUAGAAAUGUGUAUGGGCUCCUUGCAAAACGUUUUUGUAGCUUGAUGGUUUUUCUGAGUGUGUGAAUUUAUUACCUUUAGGAUAAGCCUUGUUUUGUGGCACUUGAUAAAUGUUAAAUAUAGCUUGUUUAGUUGUUUUGUAUUAGUAAUAAGUGGAUCAUUUGCUCGGUAGAAUUUGGAUAUCUAACAUUGAAAUAUUUUGUUUUUGUAGUUGGGAGAUUAAUUGGAGCUCUUUGACAAAAUCGAAAGCUUGAUUUUGUUGUUGCAAA